CGAGCUGCUGGGACAAGUUGGAUGCCUCGCGCACCAGUUGCUAGAUCCAAAGCUAGGAGUCCCCGUGAGAUCUCCGCCGUCAAUGCAGCGUUCUCCACAAGAACCUCUACUGCAGCGAUGACUACGUCUGUUCUUGGGUCCAACUCGAUUGGGGAAACUGCAGGAUCUGACCCUGGAAUAUCUCGUCACGUCCAACAGGGCAGCCUUGAUGUUCAAGAUCUCCUGGCUAAGACCCUAGUUUCAAGCCCGGUAUCCUCGAAUACUGGCAUUUUAAUCAUGGAGGAGCGUCCACCCUCUGAUCUGUUUGACCUAUCAGUGGAGCUCUACUUGAUUCCAUAUCAUGAGCAUCCCAAGGUUCAAUCUCUACAUCGAUUAUUUUCCCAAAGCAAAGCCCAGCACUCCCAGAGUUCUACCCCUCGUCGUUUCUCGCUUGCCUCGAGUGUCUCCUGGGGAUUUAUGACUUCUACGCCCAAAAGGGGAGGUGUCCUGGAUUCUUUGGGUGGUGAUACUCUUCGACCUGCGGCUGAGGGCAUUUCGGGGUCUAUAUAUGCUAAACAUGCCAAGCGGUGGCUCACAGAUGAUGAAUAUGCUUCCGACGUGACAUCAGAUACCGCUAAUAAAUCAGAAUCUACUCAAGGAAGCCCCCUCCCUUCUAGUGGUGCAUGCUCUCCUCAGUUGUCUUCUCUUCCAACGAUCUGUGGGAUUUGCUCUAACUGCCUAUAUUCUAAUCCGUGGUCGAAUCCAGGUCCCCCGAAGCUGCAAACAGAUGUCUUGCCUCUCACAUGGUCACCUCUGUUGCAUCGUAGAGGUUCUUUUGCUGUUCCUUUCCAUAACCCUCCUGGAAAGUUACAAUCGUUUCCUUCGCUAUUGUCCAAUAAUGAGAGACUCUUUGGGGCACGUUCCAAGGGGGAUCAAGUCUUACCAGAGGAGAAAGAUACGUCUUUGGAGGCUGCUAUUCGCGGUAGUGGUGGCCUUCUACCAUUGGUCCAACCCAACUCAUUGACAGAUCUUGAUUCAAUGUUGUUGGGCGGAGCUUAUGAUGGACCGAAUGAGAGUCUUUUCGAAGCAAGACUAGAAUCUCUCAUAUCUCAGGAAGGGAGUUGGUACUCGGAUGACUAGAGGUGUUUGCAUGACGGCGAUGAUCACGACCGCAUUGUAUGGUGGUUACGAACCUGUUUCCACACGCUCAAGAAUUAAUGCCUUUGUAUUGUCGACCCUAUCUUCCGUUCCUUCUCGCGUGGGCUUGUCACGUUUGUGUUUAGCAUUGUAGUUCAUUUUGUUCAUGUACUAUGUAAUUGUCGCUGUUGUAAUAUUGAUUCGUGCCUUCUGGGACAGAUUUACC